AUGGAUGACUCGACUUCGGCACCCGCGCAAAAGCGCCCUCGUGUCGCCGAGGAAAACCGCAAACGAGCAGUGCGAGCGUGUGAUGGAUGCCGCCGAGUGAAGGAGAAGUGCGAAGGUGGUGUGCCAUGUCGCCGAUGCCUGAGAUACAGUCGGCAAUGCAAUUUCACACACAUCGACCCCAAUGAGAAGAGUCGGUCAACUUCCGCCUCGCUAUUGGAUCGGGCGGCCGCAUUGAGUCGCAAUGAGAUCGCCGAGGCAGAGAGAGUGCAUAUUAUGGAGCGCCUGCUCUCGCAUUAUAUGCCAAAUAUUAGAUUUGAUAUUCAAUCUUUGCGCCAGGCCGCCGAAGACUUGAAACACAAACAUCGCGAUGGUGGAUCGGAUGCGAUUUCGACGAGGGCGGACCCCAAUGAUAUGGAGGAUCUUGCCAUUGAUGAAGAGGAUUUCACUAUCAAGGCUAUGCCUGAUAAUACAACCCAAUAUUCUGGAGAAUUCUCAUAUCUGAACUUCACAAUGAAGAUUCGGAAGAAAAUUGAUGAAUGGAUGAAGACUGCGGCUCCAGAUGCAACUUCUGAAGUCGAACCAUUCGAGGAACGAUGGCGAAGCACACAGCUUCAAUCGGGGUCGCCCUUGAUAUCAUCAUCGAUUACUUGUCUUCCACCACGAUAUGUGGCUGACUUCCUCGUUCAGAUCUUCUUCAAGUAUGCUCAGACAAAUAAUUUCUAUGUCGAGGAAGACUGGUUACUUGAGAAAUUGGCUAUCUGUUACAACGACCCUGAAAGCUUGUCAUCGGACGAUGCAGGUGCAGUAUGCUCUAUUCUAAUGGUAUUGGCAGUCGGCACACAAUUCGCCCAUAUGGAGUCAUCCACGCCGGUGAACUGUUUGCCAUCAGGGUCUACUGCGAACCAGGACCAUCAUUUCUCCGAAGAUGAAGUUGGCCUGACAUUUUAUCAAUUCGCCUCGAAGCUUCUCCCAGAUCUCAUUGCCACUGCAUCUGUCCGUAGUGUACAGGCUUGUUUACUGAUUGGAACAUACCUACUCCCAUUAGAUACAUCCGGACUAUGCUAUACAUACUUUGGCCUGGCAUUAAAGCUAGCGGUUCAGAAUGGAAUGCAUAGGAGAUACUCUGGUGAGGGCCUAUCAUCUCGGAUGAUUGAAGUUCGUAACCGAGUCUUCUGGACAGCUUACACCAUCGAGAAACGCAUAAGUAUUCUUCACGGCAGACCAUCUUCCUUGUCAGAUCCCGAUGUUGACGGCCCGCUCCCUGUUGAUUGCCCUGGUCUCAUGCCUGCCCAACAGGUCUCAAACCAUACAAAUAUGGUGGCGCUGAUCACGUUGACCUUGAAACUGGGGCAGGUUUCGAAUGAGAUCACUUCACUACGAAAAUAUCGCAAAGGCCAACAGCAGGAUUGUCUCGAGCGACUGCUCAAUCUUAGGAAACACCUGGUUGACUGGUGGUCAACGCUCCCAGAGGAAAUCAGCUGUCGUGAUUUGAAUCCCACUGGACCGCUAUUCAGGUCAAACGUUCAUCUCAAGCUUGACUACUGUCUCACUCGUGUUUUCAUCGGACGGCCAUUCCUUUUCAGCAACAUAAAGGGCAUAUAUCAAACACCAUCUCAAGCACCACCAUUCAAGGGUGCCUCCGGUUUAUCGAAAAGCCGCGCAACUCUUGUGACAGACUGUGUGGAAGCUGCUCUGGAAAUUAUCGACCUGUGCCGCUUACUGCGUGAUGAGAAAGGCCUUGCACGAGCUUCAUUUACAGAAUUCAGUUCCUGUCGUGCAGCAUUGCUGGUAAUCCUGGCACAGGGGUUGACCAAGCGUACGGAACGACUUGGAGCUGCUCUCGAGCAGGGCAUAUCCCUCAUCAAGAUCAUGUCCAUGGGCGUCGGCUCAGCGCGCUCGGCAGUCAGCGUAAUUGAAGCACUCGAACGAGCAAUCCGCCGGCUAGAGGCAUGGAGCGAGACUCACCCGGAUAUCAUCAACGGCGGAGGCGUAGAAUCGGCCUACGACCGCUUCAAGAAUUGGGAAAUGCUCUGGAAAGCAGGGCCCAUCUCACCAUCUACUUUCGCCUGGCAGCAACAGGAAGCCUACGGUACAAACGACCAGAAUAUGCCACAUGGUCUAACAGCCCACGCCACACCGACGAUUCCUGCACCAAUCCACGAUCCAAAUCCAAACCUGUCAAUGACACCCCCAUCAGCGGUGAUGGUCGGUAACGGACCCGUAACAACACCCGGGCACCCAGACCAGGAUAUAGAAAACGAUAUUCCGGGCAGUGUUCUUUCCGACAAUUUCUCAAUUUCGCAGCAGUCACUUUCGCAUAUGCCGCACUUUGGCUUUGAUCAUUUUGUUUCCAACUUUCCUCAGGAGCUGGGCGAAUUUACGGCGAUUCCUUGUUUUGAACCUGAUGCGCAGAAUGCUAAUGGGCUGUCUGGUGCUGAGAUCAAGACCCCCAGUGGUGAGCCUGAUCCGCACUGGUUGCAGUUCAUGAAGGGUUGA